AUGGCUGUCGAUCCCAACAUGAAUGACAAGAGAAUUUAUUUCGAAGAAUACAAUUUGCUCCCCCAGUUUUUCAAAUUGUUUUACACGAUCCAACACUCGAACAGUUUGCGCAUACCUCCCGAGUUUGUGUCGGAGCACGGCGACACAAUCCCUGAGCAAUGUUUACUCGCAAUGCCAAAUUUCCAGAAAACAGAAGUAGCUAUAGCAAAAAGGCCUGGUGGUUGGUACUUUGGCGAGGGGUGGUCUGAGUUUGUGUACAACAAUCAUGUUUCGAAUGGAGAAUGGCUCACAUUCACUUACACGGGCGAUGGACUAUUUUAUGUGAAGCGAUUUCUAUUUACGAGUGGAUGCCCACCUCGUAGUGAUCUCGAGAGCCUUGAUGCCGAGAUAACCGAAAUUGUCACACAACCAUCAUUCACCAUCGUUCUAGGGGGGUCUCCGAUAAAACAACAUCUUAAUAUACCAACUGAAUUUUGGAAUGCUAACAUAUCAAUGGAUGGUGACAAGUGUAAGGCGUGCCUUACCGUGCACCACCGCACAUGGGAUGUGCUUAUAGCCAAAAAGAUCAUUGGAUAUGCCAUUCAUGGUGGUUGGAAGACUUUCAUUCGUGAUAACGACCUAGGAACAGGGGACCGGUGCACCUUUAACCUUGUUCCGUCAGAUGGUAUCCACUUCCAUGUUAGUGUGGAACGGUGA